GCUAUUUUAUGUACUUUCAAGAGACCAGACAUGCCUGCGCAAGAAGAAUCGGUUGGAAAGUUCGUUUUACUCAGUGCAUUAAAUCGCGGGAGUGAAACGGGUAAAGCUGCACAACCCGUGCUGACGUCUCGAAAACGACCCAAGAAGCAAAAGAAUGUGCCUCAGGCGAAGAAGAUGAAAUCUGCGAAACAGAUUGCUUCGGAUGAAGUUGUCCUUCCCGCAAUGAGGCAUUCGGACGACCCUCCGCCAUUAGCUAAACGCUGGAUGAACAAACAACGCGUUCUCAUUUUCGCCACUCGCGGCAUCACACAUCUUCACCGGCACUUGAUGGAAGACUUGCGGAAUCUUCUCCCGCACUCAAAGAAGGAGGCCAAGAAGGACAAGAACGAAGCAUUGUCGGCCAUCAACGAGAUCUGUGAGAUGAAGAAUUGCAGCAAAUCAAUUUUCUUUGAAGCUCGACGGAAGCGGGACUUGUAUGCCUGGCUUUCGAACGUUCCAGGAGGUCCUAGCGCAAAAUUCCAGGUUGAGAAUAUUCAUACAAUGGCCGAACUGAAGUUGACAGGAAAUUGUUUGAGAGGCUCAAGGGCUCUGCUUACCUUCAGUGAAAACUUCGAAUCCUCUGCUCAUGGCAAAGUGCUGAAGGAGCUGAUCUCUCAAGUUUUCAACACACCGAGGUUCCACCCUCACAGCCAGCCAUUCAUAGACCACGUAUUCGUCUUCUCUUACCUUGACGAAAAAAUCUGGUUUAGAAACUACGAAAUAAACGAAGAAUCUGGUGCGCUCAACGAAAUCGGCCCCCGGUUUGUGUUGAAUCCGAUCAAGAUCUUCGACGGCAGUUUCUGCGGCAAAACACUGUGGGAAAAUUCGAAGUACCGAACCCCGGGCUUCUACCGGAGAAUGUUGGGAAGUAUGACGAAAUAUGACAAUCGUGUUAUGACGAAGGCUGGUAGGGAAGUGAAGCAACGCUCACUUUCCUUCCCGGUGGACGAAGCCGAGAAUGUCUUCGGGUGAUCACUUUUUUUGUUGGGUCAUUAAAUGACUUGUUGGUGAUGUGAUCGUGUCCGCAAUGUUUUUUUUGUCGAUUUCCUGUAUUUUGUGUCUUGCAGAAAAGAGAGGGGCUCUUAGAUGUGUAUCAGCAUUAAGGUUGUAAUAUUGCGUAAAUUAUUCACUCAAGUGCAUCGCGCAAUUCUUACCUUUUUCCGAAAUUCGGCAGAGAGAAGUG